AUGGACGAACUUACUCAUGAUGAAAAGGUUGAAGAGUGCAGAAAGAAGAAUAGCAAUUCCUCCGUUACGGAAAGUACAAGCCAACAAGAAGUUCUGGCAGAGAAAUUGUUAGAAGAUAGCAAGCUAAAGUCACUGGAUGACGAAGAGGAAUUUGAAGAAAUGAGCGGCAUCGGGGGCUAA